UGGCCGGGAGACGCUGGCGCCCGAUUUUGAAAAGAACCAAUAGUUAGUUCGGAGACAUUGAGGCAUCAUCUUUCCAGAGGCGUUUCGCCGAUAUUCAAGAAAAACAAUAACGUGGUUUCCGCGAUUCUUUUGUUCCCAAUUUCUGACCUCUGUGAUUCCCAAUCAUUUCUUAAAUCUGGAUUUUGUUCGUUUUUGUCUGGAGUGGCCGAUUUCUUUUUCAGGUCACCGAUUUGGAUGCCCUAGACCAAAGUCGAGUUGAAUUUAUGUGAACUGGAGUCAGAAACCUCGGGAACUUCGAACUAAGCAGUGGCUUCUUCCCCGACAUGGACCUGGCACAGGAGAAAAUGGAAUUAGACUUGGAGCUGCUGCCGAAUUACACCACCACAGACGGCAAUAUCCUGAGAAGAUCCAACAGCGUCCUGUUGAUCAAUGAGCUUGGUAAUAAUUCACAGGUGUUCCAAGCUGACAAAUUAAGAACUAGAACAAACAGUACAGCAACGACAGGACACUGUCUGUUUUCGCCAAGUUUUCCAGUUCGCAUUUCCAUGACUCGCGUUCAACAAAUCAAGCAGGAAGAAACCAUGGAUUUAAGAUGUGGAGAAGCAAUGCAUGAAUGGGAAUUACAUUCUGCAAUACAGAUAAAUCAUGCUUGGGAAGCAAAUCUGAAACUGGUAUGGUACUAACAAUCUAAUUUUGUAGAAAAUUUGGAAUUUUUACUGAUUUUCAAUGUUGUUGCUACCUACUUUUGCUGUAAUUUCUGGAAAUCUAAGCUCUCUUUUGAAACAAAAACUAUAUAUACUGCAUAAAUAAUUUUUAAUUGCUCUUGAGAAACAGUUUAUGAUUUACCCAUAAAAAUAGCUAGCAUUGUGCCCAGCAUUUGUCUUGAGGUAUCUUUACCACUUGGAAGAAUUAUGAUACUCGGUAAUUUCAAUAUGCAGCACGAAUUCUACUUAAGGGUUGUAAUUAGGAAGGAAGAAGAAAAGCUAUAGAAGUAGCAGAUGGAAGAAAACAUGGGAAGAUUGAUUAUUUCUUUGACUUAUCUUCUUGUAGUGUAACAUAAGCAUGUAUAGGUUUUAAACUACUAAUUAAAUUGCGUGCACACAUUAACAUAAUAGGAAUACAGCUACAUAACCAAAGCAGACCUACAAUUACCAGCCAUAUCCAGUGAAACCAAAAAAACCAGUUAGGCACCCUAGGCAUUUGUGAAAACUUAUCAAUGAUAUGAUGGAUAUUGUGUAACUGAAUUUGAAUAGUUUGAGAAAAAUCAGACAUAUUAAAACAACACAUCCCUGGGAACUGUUCACAUCCCAUAUGUUCUUUUAAUAGUAGAUAGUCUAUAGUCACAAGAUUUUGGAGCACUGCAACUUGCACUUCUCCUAAUUCUUGGUUGAGUUCCGACAGUAUAGAUCCAGUCAAAUUUGUUGUUUUAGUGUAUGCACAGGCCAGCUUAGAUAUCUCCUUCUUCAAUCCAAUGGCAAGUCCAGGAACCGGUGGGAUGAAUGCAGCUAUAACUGCAACAGCGCCAGGAUCUUUGUUGAAGUUUUUUGAUGAUCAUCUUCUGGAAUGACUUUUCCAGAGAAUGUUGAUGUUGGAAGUU